GGAGGAGCGGUGCUGUAGCGUAGCGUGGAGGGGCCGUUCCCUCGGCGGAUCACAGCUCAGUGCGUCCGGAGCAGCGGCGGGGAUGACCGCUGGGGACUAGGCGGCCACGCAGCGACGCAUUUCACAGGUAAAAGUGGCUCCACACUCUGCGUGUAAGUCUGUUCGGGCUCAGGUCUGUUGUUUUUUUGUUUUUGUUUUUUUUUUUUUGGUGGGGGGAGAGGGCGGGUUAAUUGCACGACACACGCGGACAAGCGGAGCGGGCGAGCCGCCACUGCGAGGAGCGGACAGAGGUGAGGAGUCGCAUCUGCUCCGCGUUCAACGUUUCCAGCGCUCCCGCAACUUGCAGCCGCGCCGGCCGCCUCGGCGCUCUCCUGCCCGGCUGCGCCUGCCGCCUCUGCCGGUUGCAGGACACGGCACCGUGAUGGCCUCCGUCGUGCAGCUGUGCUGGUGAUCCUGCCGCUGCACGUGAGGAAGGAGUGUGGCGCCUUGACAACCGAUCUACCUUCCUCGCAAACGCAUAAAGAAGGGAGACAGAGGAAAACGCAAAAACACCAGCAUAAACAAAUGCCACCAUGUACAGCGUGGAGGACCUGCUCAUCUCUCAUGGAUACAAGCUGCCCAAGCAUGCCGCCUCCGCCUCCACUCCCAGCCCGGCUCCCGCUGCCUCAUCGCACCAGGCGCCCUCGUCCUCGCCGCCGUCCUACAGCAAACACCAUGAGUUCCUAGAGAACAGGCCAGGCUCCAGAGCAGUCAAUGGCUAUGAGAAAGGGCUGGGGGCGCCCUACGGGAACGAUAGUGAAACCAGGCAACCCCAGGCGUACAGCACUGGCUGUACCAACAACAAUGAUGCCAGAGACAGGAACCUACCCAGACGGGAGGGGGAGAACCGGAGCCAAGUUGACACCCACUCCUUGGGAGAUUCGCUGACCUCAGACAGUGGGUUCUGUGACGGCAUCAGGUGUCCACAGCCACACUCAAAGGAUGUAUCCUACUGGAGGAGGAGAGGCCAGGACUUUACUGUGUUACUCGAUUAUGCUGACAUCAGAGAGACCCACGAAGGAGGGCAGGGGGGUUAUAGCAGGCCGGAGGGGCCCCAGCAAGCUAGAGGCCAAGAGCUGUCUGCAGAUGAGCGUCACAGAGCAGCUCAACAACGGCAGCGGUGGGCAGCCCAGGCUCAGGCUCAAUCCAAUGUUCAAACCCAGCCCCAAGUUCAGGUUGAUGCUCCAGCCCAGGCCCAAGCCCAGGCCCUGGCCCACGCUCAGGCCCGCUUCAGAGAGCGAGAGGCUGCUCUCCAUCAGUGGAGGAUGGUUACUGAGAGGAAGUGCCAGAGCCUUGGGACAGAUGAGUGGCAUCCGGCCGUGAGCUUCAGUCGCCAGCUGUCACAGAGCGAGGGUGAGCGUUGGUCACAGGAGCAGCAGCGACUCCACGCCCGGACACCAGAGGGUAUGGUAGUUCACCCCAGGACCAAAGCGAAAUCCCAGUCCCUGCCCAGGAUGCUGCAGCCUGAAAGCCUGCAGUAUGUGGAUAUACCCCUGCCGGGCGUGGAACUGUACAGGCGGGUGAAUGGCCACCCAGUGUCACACCAUGACCUUUACAGGGCACCUCGCUGGCCGGAAAAUGGCAGACCAGCUAGCGCCAACCAACUGUCAAUGACACCAAAGCCCCGUUUCACCCGCCCCCCCAGACCUCCCUCCUAUGAGAUGCACCAGCAGAUCAGGGGAAGCUGUGAGAUUUUAUCUGGGAGAGACUCAACCAUUCCCCAGGCCAGGGACAGAACGCCACUUCCAAUGUCAAGGGCCGGUGACCCCCAGUUGGAUUAUUUUGCACCUGACUCUGGACCUCCAGGAUACAUCCCUCCCCCAUCAUAUAAAAGAGCACCAAUAAUGGCAGGAGGGCGCCAGAGAUAUGGUGACAUUCCUGUUGAAUAUAGAUACAGAGGUGAUGUGUACCAUCAGAUACAAGUGGCACCAGACGGAUCUCACUGGUUUGUUAGACCAGCAGGUUCUUGGCCUGAUCCCCAUAGAGAGAGAAGUCUGUCCAGCCAGAAGCAGCUUUACCCCGUGUAUACUACCCAGGAGCACCCUGGUGGAGGAAUUCAGUACAUCCCAUUUGAUGACCCCCGUAUCCGCCAUAUUUCCUCAGCCCUGGGCGGCAACUCCCUGACGGAUGCUGACAAGAUCCGCCAUAUUCGCAACGAGCUUCCCAGUGUCACCGUGUCGGAGCCCGCAUCCGACGAUAGUGCCUUUUUGCCCCCGCCAUUGGGGCCUUUCAUUGCUGCCAAAUUGGCAGAUGAUGCUAACCAGACAUCUUCUAGCAACUAUAACAAUGACAAUAACAGGUGGCACAGUGAUUUGCACAAAGAGACUGUUGAUAACUUCCCAGCAACUGACCAAAACUGCAACAACAGAUAUUCCAAAAACCAACGUCCUCCUCCAUCUCCCUCUUCGACCUUCCAGACCCCAUUAACAAGGACUUGUUCUCGUCAGGGGUCCACCCCUGACCAGGUCUUUGCAGAAACCAUUACACAAGUUAAGAAAAUUGUCCCUGAUACAGGGUCAGAGAACAACAGGAACGCUAAGAGAAGAGUGAGUGAGACCAUCUUCUGUCUGGUGUCUGUCCCAGUUCACACACCAGCGAACAUCAGCAAAGACCUAGGUGCAGAUCAGAACAACAAUGAGACAAUGCCAAGUCUGGCUGUCACUAACACAGAAACGUUUGCUGUGGGCCUCAGAGAGAGCCCAAAUAUUCGUAGCAAGUCUGUGAAUGAGAUGCCCAUAAAACCUCAUUACUCUUACUUUCACACCAGCAGCACAUCCUCAAUGAGGAAUUACAAGAGGGCUCCUUUAAGGAAGGAGAUAAUAGAUGCGUGGGCACUGCAAGCCAGCGAAGACAAAGAGUUGUGCUAUGCUGGGUCCUGGCCUGGAAACCAGUAUCGUAAUCAGGAAACCCAGACUGGUUCACCUUUGACUGUAGUAAAAAGUCCAGAAGCCCAGAGUCCGCCUGUUGGACAAGAGCCUGCUCAGUCUGACAUAGACACUAUAGUAAGUGGUGUGGGAACAGAUGAUAGCUCAUCUUAUGGCUAUUCCAUGGCAGGACAGAAAAAUCUUCAUCCUUCCAGCAACAGCGCCUUCUCCCGUCUCAGUUUGAGUUCAUCUCAACCGCUCUCGCUGGAGCCCCCUCAACAAGACCCAUCAUCCCCAUCCAAGGCCAGGGAUCAGGGAGAUAAGCAGCCAUCCUCCCCUAGGAAAAGCAACUGCAGUCCUCCAGAGAAUGCAGAACAAGUGGCCUUUGGUCAGUUUCUCCUGAAGCCAGUGAACCGAAGACCCUGUGAUGCCAUUGGUGAACUUGAGAGCAUUAAUAAGGAGAUGGAAGACACAAUCAGCAAGAGACCUAAUGUGGGUCAGCGCACUGAUUUUAUUGAUGGCGUGAAUAAGGGACUAAACCCAUUUAAAUCAGGAUCACAUUUCACUGGUCCAGAACCAGGUAGGGAAGCAAUCAGUCUUCCACCCAUGCACAUAGAAAAACCCACCAAUAUAAAAGUCAGAUCAAAGUCCUUCACCGCUGAUCUAGAAUCUGUGGGCAUGGGAAGUGGGUUCUCCAGGCUUCAGACCAACAACAUACCACCGCCAACUGAGCUAUCUGUGCUCCCCAAUCCAGGGCCCAAAGAGAACUGCCUUCUGUCCUCAGUACACCCACACAGUGAGUCAAACCGGGUGUAUAGACAGGACAUCCCAGUCCCUCAAGAGUCCCUGCUAAGGGAUGUGGGUCUAACUGUAUACACAGAGACUCCUGGUGGUCCAGGAGAGCCAAUGCAGCGGUCACUCUCAGUCCCAUCUACACUUAACCAGAAGGAGCUUAGUCGAGCAGCACAGCUCUCGUGGGAGGGCAAGACAAAACUUAAAAGUGAGCGCAGUCCUGAGCACAAUACAAAGGAAGAGCUUCAAGUUCAAGAGAGACAAGUUAAAUCAGAAACUGUUACUCCAGUCAGAAAAAAGAGUAAUUUAGGCAUCUGUAGAAGCAGGAGUGAAAGCAGCAGAUCACCUCAGAAAGAAAGUUCAUCAAGUGUCACAAGACUGACCAGGGAGGUUUCUUUUGUGUUUGGGGAUGACGAUGCGGAUAAGAGGUACACAAUUCCUGAGCCUCUGGCUUAUAGGAAUGAGUCAACAAUGGCCGAUAAACAUUUGGAAAAAUUGCUAAUUAAAGAGAAAGCAAAUUCUUUACCUGCAGAGGACCUCAGCAAUCUGUAUGAAGUCAAAUCUGCAAAAGGUAUUCCUGAAAACGAGUCUAUUGAGCAAAGGGCAGCACGAAUACUGGGUAUAGCCGUUCCAGUGGAGGCCUUGGGUGUGAACAAACAAAUGGGUGAGAACGAGGACGAACUGGACAUCACAGUUGUUGAGAAACAGCAUUGUCUAAAUGGGGAGGCAGAGCACGUAGUAGGAGAGGGCAGGUCCCUGAUUGUCCAGGAAGCUGAGAUAGAGCAGGUGGAGCAACCAGAAUUAUGUGUGGACAAAAAAGAUGGUGAGAGACAAAAGCAAAGCACAGGUUACAGUGAUGGCGAGGACAUCCUGGAUACUGAGACUCAGGCAACAAUAGCACUGGACCUGCCUGAGUUUCCACCGAAUAAGCUUCCCUUAUCCCUUCCUGUCAGUCCUAAAGAAAAGCUAGCACUUAGGACGUGCAGUGGGGAAAAGAAGGUCCGAGGAGGGGCAUGCAAGCUAAUCGAGUCCCUGCAAGACAAGCUCAACUCCUCUGCAUCUUCCUCUGCUGCAUCUUUAGGCAGGUCAACCACAGACAGAAUGGCACGUUUCAAAGAGCUGGACUCAGUGUCUCGCAUAAGGCGUCUCAGUCUCAAAGGUCCAGAAUCUGGAGGAGACGCUGGUUCUGAGGAGAGGAUUGCAGAAAAGGGGGGGAUUGAGAUUCAGGAAAAGACGAUGAAGGACGUUGGGGAGAACCAGGAAGUAAAGGAGGAGAAAAUGCUGAAGGUGGAGGAAAAUGAACAUGAAGCAGAGGAAGCACAUGAAACACAUGGCAAGUUGGGAGAUCCUAUGGAGAACUGUGAACCUAAACAAGUCAAUGAAGAGAUAUGCAAAGAAGAAGAGGAAAAGGAAGACAAUGCAGAGAUUGCACAAGCAGCUGACAAUGAAAGGAGUAAAGAAGUAGAUGCUAAAGUAGAAAGAGAAACGUCAGGAGGGGGAGAGCUGGAGCUGAAACGUACGGAACAUGACAAAGAGAAGCCUUUGAAGAAGGUGACAGAUGGAAAGAACGCAGAAGAAUUCAGCAGGGCAGCGUCGACUCAAGUCACACGGAGGGAAAAGCUGCCCAAACCCAAGCAGCGCACCAGGCUCCAGAAGCCGCCGCUGCUUCCCAAGCCUCGCAGCGUUCCCAAGAGAGAAAUAACACUGCCAGUCAGCUUCAGCUCUGGAACCUGCGGCCCCUCAGAUGUGGAGGAUGAGGAGACGCUCUCUGUUUCAGACUCCUACGACCCCAGUCGAGUGGAAAGAGUGUGACCCCUGACACCACCUUCACUACUGAGGGAAUGUGUCUCCCUCAAGUUAACAGCUUUUUCCAGCAACAAAGGCUUUCAUCUCACCUCAUGGCUUAGCCAGCCGUGGCCCUUCCAACACCGCUACACAUUACUCCUCACAGAACUGACUGUCUGGUGCUGCGAGAGCAUUUUAUCAGCCAAAUAAAGGCGCCGCUGGUGCCAGUUCUCCGGGCCUUUUCAACUUUGUCAUCCCCGUCCUUGCAUUCACUCCAUCUCCCUAAAAGUUUAUUUGCUCAGGCAAGUGGACUUCCUCUUUUUGAAGUUGACUUUUGGAAAAAUGCAUGUCAUUAUUUCCAAGUGUGCACUUGGGCUGCUUUGUGAGCUUGGGUGUUGAAAUAUGAAUGUAAAAGUGUAUCAAACAAAAGAAAUGUAACACAAAUUGAACAAGAAGGCAACAGUAUUGCAUUACAAUCAGUAUUACACCAAAUGUAAAUAAAGAGUUAUAAGAUUUUAUUCAUAAUAUUAAAAAAUCAAUUUAAGACAUUUAAUUGCUGAAGAAUUGUAUAUUUUCUUAUCUAUGUUAAGAAAAGACUAGAUUUUUUUAGAAGUGUAGUCUUUGAGUGUGUUACUAAUGAAACCCUGUGCUCCUUAUUCUUAUACUUGUGUGAUAGAGAAUGUACUCCGAGAGCCUGGAUUGCAAAGAGAAACACUGUGGUCCUUGAAUAGUUUCAAUCAAGAGCAAUAUAAUCGUCAUAUACGGGACAUCAUUUGAGUAGCGAGUUUCUACUUCAAGGAGCUGAUCUCAUUUCCACAUUUGCUUUAAAGCUCAACCUGUUGGUACAAGUGUUAGCUUUGCACUGCUGAGAUUGGCGGCUUUUUGUUUCCGGUGAGCUCCUGAUCCUCUCUAAAUAGGAGACUGCACUGGGAGAGAUUCAUGUUUGCACUGUCCCUGUCCCCCAGUUCACCGGUCUUGGCAUCAGCAAUUGCAAUAUGUAUCGGAAAUGUCUGAUGUAGGUGUUAAUCGUCAGUAUUGUUCAAAAGGAAAACCUAUAUUUUGUGCCAUUGACAGUAUCUGUAUGUGAAGAUGGACAUUUCUUUCCUCGCAUCAUUGUUUUUGUGUAAUUUCAGAAGUGCUUUUAGCAGGAAAUGAUAGAUGUAGCUAUAUCGAACGCAGUGUGCCUUGUACACACUGUUUCUGUGGAAAACGUUGUUUUUGUGUAACAGAGUAUUGCUUGUUGGUUUACGAGCCCUUAUUUAAACCGGCCAUCAGCAUUUCAUUUUAUUUUAAUUACAAAAACAACAUUGAGGUUAUUUUGGCAAUAAUGAAAAACAAUGUUAAGCUGCAGAGGCUUAAUCCUGAUGCUGUAUAUAAGAUAGAUGUUGAAACAAAAAUCACUAUAUUGAAACAUUUUAAGUACUUCCUUAUUCACAUAUCAGUGCUUUAUAAGUUGUGAGUGUAACCGACGAUUGGUUUAGACUCACUUCACUUAUGGGGUAGCAAUAUACAAAAUUAAAAACGUACCAAACCAAACUUUAUGCUAUGCAUUGGACAUCAACAUUCACUGGGUUUGAUCCCAAAAUUCAAAGCUAAAACUGCAACUUCUGGUUUGCUGGUUUGACCCGGUCACUUUUUGAUCCAGCCGUAUUUGAAGUCAAACCUGUUGGAUCCGCUUGGAGACUUGCAUGGAAGUGGCUCUUAGGUUUUGUCUUUGUCCCGUUACCAACCCAGUACGCGUACCUCUGUGUUCCAGGUAAUGUGUUAUCUGGUCAUUCUCAUUUCUCAGUCUUUUGUAAUGCAAGUUCUUUGUAACAUAAUAUAUAGACUAUUGGUGCACAUCUUGCUUUGAUACUUUCUAUUUUCAUACAGAAGUAUGUACAGCUUUUUUGUAUGCACAGCAUCUGUUUUUUUCUCUUCUUUUGUGCAUGUAAUGCGUAAGAAGUCAUAGAGAGGUGUAUUUGCAUAUAAUUGCAUUUGGUACUAUAUAGUCUAUUCAAUAAACAAGUGUUAUAUUUCAUAUAAUGUAUAUUUUAUUUUCAAAAAGUUAAGCUGCAGAUUUAAACCAGAACAAGGUAUUUUUAGAUUAUUGUGAAAGGGAAUUAUUUUGAAGGCACAAUAUUUGUCUGUAUUUGUUAUGAUCAUUACAAAUGGUCAUAAAUAGAGACAAGUGUGUUAUUGUACAGUACUGCAGACUGUUCAUGAAUAAAAGACUGCAUGAAA